AUGAACGUCAACAAGAAAAUCGGCCGCUUUAAGCAGUGGGCGGGAGAGCGCAUGGGAUCGGAGUCGAAAACUGCUCUCUCAGAUGACUUCAAGGCGUUGGAGGUAGAGAUGAACUUGAGACAUGAAGGAAUGGAGAAACUCCAGAAAUCAAUGACAACUUAUGUGAAAGCGCUGUCCAAGCGGAAUGAGGGAGAUGAUAAGGAGAAGACUCUACCAAUUGCUUAUAUGGGCUCAACUAUGGUAAACCACGGGGAAGACUUUGAAAAUGCCUCUGAAUUCGGACAGUGUCUUAUCAGUUAG